AUGCCCGGUCAAUGCAAUGUCCUGCUCGCCGAGGCAUCGGUGCCGUAUGACAUUGUUUUGGAAAUGGACGAAAUCAACGACGACUUUGCUGAUACGGAUGUCACGCUGGUGAUCGGCGCCAACGAUACCGUCAACCCCAUCGCCAUGGAGCCGGACUCGGCUAUUUCGGGAAUGCCCGUCUUGCACGCAUGGAAGAGUAAAGAGGUGAUUGUCAUGAAACGGGGCAUGUCGAGCGGAUACGCCGAUGUCCCGAAUCCCAUGUUCUACAUGCCCGGAACCCGGAUGCUGUUUGGCGAUGCCAAAACCUCUUGCGAUGCCAUCAAAGCAGCUCUCGAGGCCCGAAAGUAG